CCCUCCAGCCGGAAGUAGGCUCUCAGUUUGUUUCCAGCGAUAAGCAGAGACGUGAAACCACCUUUGGGUCUUUUGAGUUCUAAAUGGACCGUAAAGCGUCUCUUUUAACCUCGUGUGCUCAGCUGGUUCUGUUAUGGUUCGUCGGGCUGAAGGCAGCGGAACCGCCACGUGACGGAGGCGGCUGGUCAGUGAACUCUGAGUUCCGGCUGCAGGAUGAAGGUCUCUGUAACAUCGACGUGUUGGACGCCUCGUCCGUCUCUCAUCAGCACUUCAUUGAAAGAUACGCGUUCAGAAGGCCGGUGAUCCUCAGAGAUGUGACCGACAAUACGCGUUUCAGGGCUCUUUGCUCCAGGUCCAGUUUGCUGGAAGAAUACGGCGAGCGGCGAGUUCGUCUCAGCACGGCCAACACGCACUCCUACCGCAAAGUGGACGUCCCUCUGCAGGAGUACCUGGACGCGUGGCUGAGGCCGCAGGCGCCGGACGUCCUCGGCAGCGAGACUCUGUACUUCUUCGGGGACAACAACGUGACGGAGUGGCAGCGUCUCUUGGAUCAGUACCAGCCUCCUCCGUACCAGCUGCCCAACACCAGCAGAGCGUACAGCUUCGGCAUCGCAGGUCCUGGAUCAGGGGUUCCCUUCCACUGGCACGGCCCCGGGUUCUCUGAGGUGGUCUACGGGCGGAAGCGCUGGUUCCUCUACCCGCCGGACCAGGAGCCCCACUUCCACCCAAACCACACCACCCUGUCCUGGGUGACGGAGACCUACCCCCACCUGCCGGAGGGCGAGGCGCCGCUGGAGUGCACCAUCUCACCUGGACAGGUUCUGUACUUCCCUGACCGCUGGUGGCACGCGACCCUCAACCUGGACACCAGCGUCUUCAUCUCCACCUUCCUCGGCUGAGCCUCAUCAUCACCACCAGUGUGUCACAUUCCACCUUAAAACGAUAUGAACAUGUGUUUAAUGACCAAAGGAGACACCAGAGACAAGCUGUUCGACAGGUGUCAUUUCUGGUGACAGCUUGAUGGUCCACAGACCUUCUCUUACGGAACAAAACGGAAAUCUUUACAACAAUGCUGCAGGAGGACUGAAAGCAAACAGUUCUGAUGUGAACGAACGGUCCUCAAACGCCUCACGUGAUUAAAGAAGCAAUGAAUCCAGUUUUCUCACCUCCGGUUUAGUGGAAUUAUUUAUGAAUAAUCAUUUAAUUUCUAUUGCUUAUUGAUCCAUUUACUAGUUUUGUAUUUUAAAAUGAUACAUUUGUUUUGCUUCUUUUGUGCAGAAUAAAGUUAAUAAUCUGUUUAUCACGUUACGUGUUUGGAGUCAAUCAGAGUCCAGAAUGAAGAGCCGUUAUAUAUUAUAUAAUAAUGUUGGUUUACAUGAUACGGUUUUAAUUAACCAAAACAAUGAUUUUAAUGUAAGCUAAAUUAAAAGGCGCCUAGAUAUGAAAAUAUGAUCAUUUGAUAUCUGUACAUACCCAUAUCUAGAUAUACAACCGUUGUAUAUUAUGGUAAAAAUGCGCAAUUUUACUUUGGAAGCGUCAAAUAAAUGUGAUUACCUUUAUAACUCAGAAAUCAAACUAAAGAAUAAAGACAUUUGUAAUGAUAACUACUUUGUUUAUAAAGAGUCACUCUCAUCUGUAUUCUACGGUGUCUUCCUCCUUCCUUUGGUAAUAUCUGGUGGUGGUAGUAUGAAUGACACUAUGCCAGGCCUGACAUAUGUUUAAUAUCU